ACUGCGGCGGAGGGAUACGGCGUUAUAAAACACAGCUUCUGCCUGUCCCACCUGCAGCUAUCAGUGGGACGGGCGCUCUCGUGGAGUCUCAGCUAGUACAGCGCGAGCUCGCUUCUCGUGGUUUAUACUUAACGCAGACCUACAAUGGCUGACCAACUGACAGAGGAACAAAUUGCUGAGUUCAAGGAGGCCUUUUCCUUGUUUGAUAAGGAUGGAGAUGGUACCAUCACAACAAAAGAGUUGGGCACUGUGAUGAGGUCAUUAGGCCAAAAUCCAACAGAGGCUGAAUUGCAAGAUAUGAUCAAUGAAGUUGAUGCUGAUGGUAAUGGCACAAUUGACUUUCCAGAAUUUUUAACUAUGAUGGCAAGGAAAAUGAAAGAUACAGACAGUGAGGAAGAAAUCCGUGAGGCAUUCAGAGUUUUUGACAAGGAUGGUAAUGGUUUCAUUAGUGCUGCAGAACUGCGCCACGUUAUGACAAAUCUAGGAGAGAAAUUAACAGAUGAAGAAGUGGACGAAAUGAUCAGAGAAGCAGACAUUGAUGGAGAUGGCCAGGUUAAUUAUGAAGAAUUUGUACAGAUGAUGACUGCGAAGUGAAGGCUCGUCUCUCUUGUAUCCCUUCUAGAAAAAUACAAAUCUUUACCUCUUGCAAAAAUGUUCAUUUAUUCAUUCUGUUUCUGUAAUAACAAAACAAAUGAAUGUCAGAUACUUCUGUCCACGGAAAACUCUGCAUGUGUUGAUGGGUGGUCUUGUUCCCAGAGAAGUCUCACAUCUGUUUUGAGAAGACAUGCAUAGUUGACCUGUAAUGGAGGCUCUUGGUGGACUCUGACUUUUAAAAGUUCCAUUUGCUAAUUAUUACACUGUUUGGGCUGGCCAGUCUUUCAUGCAUGCAGCUUGAACAUUGAGCACAGUUGUACUUUGAAGCCAAACUUUUGCAUAGAUAAAGGUUUACUAUUACAUUGUGGGUUCUCGUUCAGAUCAUUUUAGAUGGUUCUAAUUGGCUUACUUCAAAAGAUGGUACACCAGAGGUUCCUUCCAAUUAUAAGGUGAACUAGAGGGGGGAAAAGAGUAGCAAGUGGGGGCUGGACCCCAACCCCUCCCCUAAACUAGUUUCUUUAACAAUGUGCUCAUUAUGAACUGAAAUGUGGAUGGCAUGUCUGUAAACUUAUAUUGAUUGUCUGCAUUGCACUUUUGUGAAGGUUUCAAGGCUGUUUCACUAAAUUAGGAAAACUUCUACAGGGAGUAACUUUGGACUCUCUCAGCAGUCUUGUUUGAACCAUGAUUUGGAGCGGAGUAGACUGUACAACAGUAUAAGACUUCAGCACCGUGUUCAACGUGGCUGUUCAGAUAACAAGUUUGUCCAUUCCAAGUUGUAAAUGCUAGUUAGUCUCUUUUUUUUGUCUUUCAAAUAAAAGACCAUUUAAUUUAAAUGCUUUUUUAUAUUUGUGUACAUGAAUGAUUAGAAAUGGCUUUAUGUAGCUGUUCAGCACUUGGCAAAAAAAAUGUAAUGGAACACAUCGGUUUCCUUGUAUUAUAAUGUACAUUUCUGCCAGAUCUGGUGGCUUGCAUUUUUCAGUAGUUCAGUCUUUGAACAUUAAAUACAAAAAAUGUAAACUGUA